UGCAAUCAGGAGUAACUACAGCUCGCACGGAGCCGCCUCCCUCAGUCUGCCCCAGACUCCGCACAGGCACACACUCCUCAGACAGGAAGGUGAGCGACUGCGGGUCAAGAUGACCGAGCGCUACGACUGCCACUACUGCAAGGAGUCCCUGUUUGGGAAGAAGUACGUCCUGAGAGAGGAGAAUCCCUACUGUGUGAAAUGUUACGAGAGCCUGUACUCCAACACUUGUGAGGAGUGCAAGAAACCCAUUGGCUGCAACACCAGGGAUCUGUCGUACAAGGACCGUCACUGGCACGAGGAGUGUUUCAUGUGCUUCCAGUGCAAGCGCUCGCUGGUGGACAAGCCCUUCUCCACCAAGGAUGAAAAGCUCCUGUGCACUGAGUGCUACUCCAAUGAGUACUCCUCCAAGUGCCACGCGUGCAAGAAAACCAUCAUGCCAGGCUCCAGGAAGAUGGAGCACAAGGGGAACAGCUGGCACGAGACCUGCUUCACCUGCCAGAGAUGCCAGCAGCCCAUCGGCACCAAGAGCUUCAUCCCUAAGGACAACCAUAACUUCUGUGUGCCCUGCUAUGAGAAGCAGUUUGCCAUGCAGUGUGUGCACUGCAAGAAGCCCAUCACCACCGGCGGGGUGACCUACCGUGAGCAGCCCUGGCACAAAGACUGCUUCCUGUGCACCAGCUGCAAGCAGCAGCUGUCUGGCCAGAGGUUUACCUCUAGAGAUGACUUCGCCUACUGUCUCAACUGCUUCUGCAACCUUUAUGCCAAGAAGUGCGCCUCCUGCACCACCCCAAUCAGCGGGCUCGGAGGCAGCAAGUACAUUUCUUUUGAGGAGCGCCAGUGGCACAACGACUGCUUCAACUGUAAGAAGUGCUCCGUGUCCCUGGUUGGCCGUGGCUUCCUCACCGAACGUGAUGACAUCCUGUGCCCAGAGUGCGGCAAGGACAUCUAAUUCAGUCCGAGGGACGACGGAUACACCAGAUUGGAAGACGGCGUCAUGAUACAGGAAUGACAAAGACACAAUAAAUACUAUCGAAGCACAGAGCAUAGCAUCCAUAGCAUCUUUACAGCCUAGCAUUACUACGAUUGUACAUUGUUGUACACCAUGAAUUACAAACUACUAACAGUGUUAUGUGAAUUUAGAAAGUUUAAGUUAAAUGCUCACUCUUUGAGAAAAAGUUAUCACUAAUAAAAUAACUGUUAAUGUAAAGAUCUUUACUUAUGAAUCAGCGACAUGUUUGCAGAUACACUGUAUGAAGCAUUAUGAAAUAAAUCUACAAUAUUAAUGUAGACGAUCUGCUUUGAAGUGUAAUAAUUACUGCUUUGUGCAUGGACAAGCUUGAUGCAAUAAUCAGUAGGUUUGUGAAUGAGUUCUGCUAUUACCAAUUAAAUAAAUAAAAAAUAUGACUUUGCUCUGAUGAUUGCUAACUGUGCUUGUGCGUGAAAUGACUUUAUUCAUACAAAAACAAAACAUAAAAAAUGUUUAUAUUGGCAACUUUUGAGUAGAAAAGUACACACAAACUUAAUACAAAAGCUACUGCGGAUUGGUGGAUCAAAGACUUCUUGAGAUUAAUUAAGAUUUCCAGUAGAUUAGGAGCACAGUAAGUACUAGAUAUGGUUCACAAAGCUGUCGACUUUACUAUUGUUAUCAAAAUCAACAAAACUGAUUCGUUGUAUUCAGACAAUUUAUUUAAAAAACUGUAGGUACAAACAUGAUACUGGAUUUCACAAUGGAUUCAAAACGCUUUGUGAAUCUUGUUCCUGUGUGUUUUUGAUGAACUCAACGUCCGUUUCAACGACAGUAGCUGCAAAUUUAUCCACAACUCCAAAUAAACAUACUUCAAAAAGACAAUAUUCCUGGUUUAGUCCAUAUUCCUUCCUCUUUUUAUGAAUUAUUAAAAGGUGAUAUUCCAAUACGUGUAUGCCGUUUAGUAGUGAAUUAUUACGAUGAUCCAGCUGUGUAUGAAAAUCACUUAGUCUGCGUGUUAUAUGCAACAUAUGUACAAUACUACACUAUUAUUUAAAAACCCUGAAGGACUUAUGAAACAGCACUCAGGUUUGAAUAAAGCCAAACGUCAGUGGAAUGGAGUUCAUUAAUGACAAGACUGACACCUACCACCAGUUCAAACACACACACACACCUUCUAAAAUGCUUUGUUCAGCAUCAUCUGUGGUUUGUUUCCUUUUAAAGGUACACCAUUUGGCCCUGAUCACACAGAGAGUGUUUUAGCAGCUGGAGGCUCCUUUUUGUAAUUGUUUUUAAUGAGAAUGAAGCUUUUUGCUCGCAGUUUUUAUGUUGCAAUGCGUCUCACGUAUCUGCGCUCUAGGCACCUGGUGUUUUUGCCGGAGCACUCUGAACUCUUCAAGUUGAAAAAACACCUCAGAGCGGAAAAACACCCCACAUCAUCUGGUUUCGUCAUGGUCACGAAAACAAGUUUCCAGUUGGUAAACAAUGGAGGAGAAACUGGUGGUAGCGGUUGCUGGUCAGAGCUAUACGGCCCAACGAUAGACAGCAGGUUGUCAAACUGCCCAGAGUCAUCCUAAAAUAUGUUUGGAAACGGCAUCAUGGAGGUGAAGCUCCUGGACCAACUGGUGGUACUCCCCAUGACCCACCCUCUUUUUUAGGGUCCCAUGUACCCACACAGAUCUCUGUUUCCCUGUGUCCAACAAAUUUUGCUGACAGCCUCUCACCCUCAACCAGAGCUACAGCAAGCACCCUCUGCCUCAACAUUUUAGGAACUAGAUACUAAUUAGUGGGGGGAAAACAGUAGAUUGGUUACACUGGAAGGUUAGUGUAAGGACGUGUUGGUACAGUCCCUGGCAACAAUAAAAAAGUGCAAGCGGUGCGCCUUGCGUUUUGCCACCUGCAAAAUACUCCCUGUGUGAUCAUGGCCAAAAACCUUCUUUCUGUUUUAGCACUGCCACAACAUGUUGACAAUGCCUCUUUGAUUUUGACACAAAUGCUAUUGAUUCUCAUAGUUGAGACUGUGACUAAUGGACAUUUCUAUCCGUCCAUUCAAGUCAUGGUACUACCAACAAAGUGCUACAGGGAUGAGUCCUAAAACCUGAAAAUCAGUUAGCAUUUUUUGCACCUCAGUUUCCCUCGUCUCAGAGUUUUUUGGUUGGAUGCCUGAAAUAAGGUCUGUGGUUCACAUGAGCGUAAGAGAUUUUUUUAAUGUUUUGUUCUAUUUUAAGUAAAUACCCCAGGUUGAAGGGGUCAUUAAAGGUAUACUCCAUCCAUCCAUUUUCAUCCGCUUAUCUGGGGCUGGGUCGUGGGAGCAGCAGGCCAAGUUAAGCACCCUCUCCCCAGCAAUGCUUUCCAGCUCCACCUGGGGGACCCCAAGAUGUUCCCAGGCCAGAUGAGAUAUGUAAUCCCUCCAGCGUGUUCUGGGUCUGCCCCGGGGCCUCCUACCAGUGGGACGUGCUCAGAACACCUCUAACAGGAGUCACCCAGGAGGAUCCUGAUCAGAUGCCUGAACCACCUCAACUGGCCUCUUUUGAUGUGAAGGAGCAGCGACUCUACUCUGAGCUCCCUCUGGAUGUCUGCGCUCCUUACCCUAUCUCUAAGGCUGAGCCCAGCCACCCCACUAGGCCUGUCACGAUAACAAAUUUUGCUGGGCGAUUAAUUGCGUCAGAAAUUAUUGCGAUAAGCGAUAAUAUUGCGUAAUAUUGUGCUUUUAAGACCAUUUUUAUUAUUGUUGUAAUUUUGCUGUUUUUAGACCAUUUUUUAAACUUAUAUAAUGAUAAUAAAGGCAUAUAGAUGCAAGUUCACCCUUUUAAAGAGAAACAAACAUUUAUUUAACAAGAAUAUUUAGGAAUGCAAAAAAUAAAAUUUAAAUAUCUGAAAUAACACGUAAAAAUAUUGAAAUAAAUGCAAAAAAAUAGACUGUCAGUCUCUCACUCUCAGGUGUGCAGUUAAGUUGGUCAUAUUCGCUCUUUUUGUUGAGAUGGUUUUAGAACAAACCCGGCACACCGGCUCGCCCAAAUUACUGGGCUCCCCUCUGUCAUUUGGUUUAAAUCCAAACCACUCCCACACAGGGGCCGUGGCAUUUGGUUUAGAAACAAGUUUCAUGUCUUUCUCUUACGCUCAACUCUCCGUUUUCUUCUCCGCCUCGUCUCCCCCUCAUGAAGAUUGCACUGUGUCUGUGUGUGUGUGUGUGUGUGUGUGUGUGUGUGUGUGUGUGUGUGUGUGUGUGUGUGUGUGUGGCCCACAGCCCCGCCUCCCCCACAGAGACAAAGACACUCGAUGACAAGAGCUUUCCCUCCGUUCAUUACGCUAAUGAACCAACUCACCUGGCUGCCAGACGAUGCACGGCAGUGAACGCUCUUGUCAUCCAGUCUCUUUGGUGGAGAGAGACGAGGAAAACAAACAUGCAUGAGUACGGCAAUUAAUCGCGGCCGGAAAAGUUACCGUCUCCCUUUUAAUUUACCAUGCAAUUAACCAACUUCUUGCAUAUCGUGACAGGCCUACACCCCAUGGAAGAAACUAAUUUCAGCCGCUUGUAUCUGCGACCCCAUUCUUUUGGUCACUAUCCAGAGCUCAUGACCAUAGGUGAGGGCUGGGACAUAGAUGGACCAGUAAAUCGAAAGCUUCGCCUUCUGGCUCAGCUCCCUCUUCGCCACAACAAUCCGGCACAGUGCCUGCAUCACUGCAGACACCACGCCAAAACGCUGAUCCAUCUCAGGAUCCAUUCUACCCUCACUCAUGAACAACAUAAACUUUUGUUUACCACAGAGAUUACUUUCUGCAAUAAUCCAA